UCACCGGUUGAGGGAGAGAAGGAGAGAUGGCGGAGUUUUCGCAAGCAGCAGUAGGAUGGGCAGCGAGAGACGACAGCGGAGUCCUUUCUCCCUUCAACUUCUCACUCAGAGAAGCCCGCGGUGACGAUAUCAUCUUGAGAGUACUAUACUGCGGAAUAUGUCACAGCGAUCUCUCAACCAUCAAGAACGAAUGGGGAAGUGCUCGGUACCCCCUCAUCCCAGGUCAUGAGAUUGUAGGCACGGUAAUUAAAGCAGGACCCGGCGUCCGAAAAUUCAGAAUCAACGACAAGGUUGGCGUGGGUUACAUGGCCGACUCCUGCCUCGACUGCGACAGCUGCAACCAAGACGCGGAGAACUACUGCGCGAAACUCGUUCGCUCGUUCAACUCGAAAUACACCGACGGGUCAACAAUCUACGGAGGGUUCUCAAACUUUGUCAUCGUCAAGGAGCAUUUCGGCGUCAGGAUUCCCGAGGGUUUACCCCUGGAAAGAGCUGCUCCUUUGAUGUGUGCAGGGACAACGGUUUAUUCACCGAUGAGGUAUUUUGGGUUCAACGAGGCCGGAAAGCAUUUGGGUGUGGUCGGGCUCGGUGGACUGGGACACUUGGCUGUGAAGUUUGCGAAGGCUUUUGGAAUGAGAGUUACUGUGAUUAGUACGAGUCCGAGCAAGGAAAAGGAAGCAACUGAGGUUUUGGGGGCUGAUUCAUUUUUGCUCAGUAGUGUUCCUGAGCAGCUGAAGGCAUUUACUAGCACCAUGGACGGCAUACUCGAUACAACGUCCGCUAUUCAUCAGCUCCCACCAUUAUUUUCUUUGCUAAAAGUGCGCGGGAAAUUAAUUCUGCUUGGUGGUGCAAGCAAGCCACUAGAAUUACCAGCUUUCUCCAUAAUUCAAGGUGGGAAAAUUUUAGCUGGAAGCUGUAUUGGUGGAAUCAAGGAGACACAGGAGAUGAUAGAUUUUGCUGCCAUGCACAAUAUAACUGCUGACGUGGAGGUGAUUGGAAUAGAUUAUGUGAACAAAGCUAUGGAGAGGCUUGAUAAAGGAGAUAUUAGAUAUCGGUUUGUUAUUGACGUGGCAAACACAAUCUGAGGAUCAAUAUGACUUGUUAUGUUUGUGAGAAAUAAAUUUGUUCUGAUGUUUUAAACUUGGAGUAUUUAGAUUCGAUAUCGUGAGAGUUUUUGCUCAAAUAAUGCACUAAAAUUGGUACGCGGGGAUGGAGU